UCAAUCCCUGCCUCCCGGUUCUGAGAAGAUGGCGAAGGUCUCAGAGCUUUACGAUGUCACUUGGGAAGAAAUGCGAGAUAAAAUGAGAAAAUGGAGAGAAGAAAACUCACGAAACAGUGAGCAAAUUGUGGAAGUUGGAGAGGAAUUAAUUAAUGAAUAUGCUUCUAAGCUUGGAGAUGAUAUUUGGAUCAUAUAUGAGCAAGUGAUGAUUGCAGCCCUAGACUAUGGUCGAGAUGACUUGGCAUUGUUUUGUCUUCAGGAGUUGAGAAGACAGUUCCCUGGCAGUCACAGAGUCAAGAGACUAACUGGCAUGAGAUUUGAAGCCAUGGAAAGAUAUGAUGAUGCUAUACAACUAUAUGAUAGAAUUUUACAAGAAGAUCCAACUAACACUGCUGCAAGAAAGCGUAAGAUUGCCAUUCGAAAAGCCCAGGGGAAAAAUGUGGAGGCCAUUCGGGAAUUGAAUGAGUAUCUGGAACAAUUUGUUGGGGACCAAGAAGCUUGGCAUGAACUUGCAGAACUUUAUAUCAAUGAACAUGACUAUGCUAAAGCAGCCUUUUGUUUAGAGGAGCUAAUGAUGACUAAUCCACACAACCACUUAUACUGUCAGCAGUAUGCUGAAGUUAAAUAUACCCAGGGUGGACUUGAAAACCUCGAACUUUCAAGAAAGUAUUUUGCUCAGGCACUGAAACUGAACAACAGAAAUAUGAGAGCUUUGUUUGGGCUUUACAUGUCGGCAAGUCAUAUUGCUUCUAAUCCAAAAGCAAGUGCAAAAACAAAAAAGGACAACAUGAAAUAUGCUAGUUGGGCAGCUAGUCAAAUAAACAGAGCUUAUCAGUUUGCAGGUCGAAGUAAGAAGGAAACCAAAUACUCUCUUAAGGCAGUCGAAGACAUGUUGGAAACACUGCAGAUCACCCAGUCUUAAGGUUUCAAACUCUUUCACAUUACAUUUCACGACUGCACAAUUGAACUUACUGGCCUGUGACUACUAAAUGCCUAGUGCUAUUUAUAUUCUAAUUUUUUGUUAAGAGGGCAAUUGUAAAGAAUGUUUAUAUAGACCUAAAAAUGCCUUUUAUUGCUAAGCAGGAAGAUGGAGAAAGUCCACGGAAGAGAGAUUUAACAAGAUUCAUAUUGAUUGUACAUCAUUCUCUUCAUAUCACACGUAUAUAACUUCUUUUAAACCACAACCUGUUGUAGAAAUCCCAUAAAUAAAUAAUGUGAUUUAUUAAACUUGCA